AUGGCCGGGGACGCGCCGGGGCCGCCGGUGAAGGUGCUGGCCGCCCAGCUGCGGGGGGCGGUGCGCGGCGCCGGCGGGACGUGGCAGUUGGGCCGGGCGGAGGCGGGCCGGGCGCCGCUGCGGCUGCGGGCCGUGUGGAUGCAGGGCACCGUGCUGGAGGUGGAGCGCGGCGGGGCCCGCGGCGGCUCGGCCCGGCUGCAGGACGGCAGCGGCGCCUUCACUGUGCUGGGGGUGGAGGAGGUGCCCAAAGGGCGGCCCUGCCUCAGCGCAGGGAAGUAUGUAAUGGUGAUGGGUGUGGUGCGGUCCUGCAGUCCUGAGCCUAUUCUUCGAGCAGUAAAGAUGACAGAUCUUUCUGAAAACCCCGUGCAUAAGAAUAUGUGGAGCCUUGAAGUGGAGGAUUUGCACAGAGUCAUCCCCUAGAUGCUUUUUCUCCUGCCUAAAAUAACUAGAAUAACUGACUAAAAUAACUACUUUUUUUUUCCUUCUUUUUCUGGUGCAGAACACUGGGCCAUUCUGUGUAUUUGUGGUUUCAAACAACCACCAGUUACUCUUGGAGUAAACUGAAGUGGGCAGUCAGGCUCAGAGUUAAGUGGAGGGAUCAGUGCAUAUCUGAUAAUAAUCAUAGUAUUCAUCUCUUUUGCAGUCUCUCUUUAUACCAACAGAUUUGAGAAACACUUAUUUGAUGCUUUCUGAGUAACAUGUCUGUGCUAUUAAGAGUACUACGUGUUUCUACCUGUGUUAGUUGCUGUUUCUAGAAAUGUGUUCAGUUAGUUAUAUUCCUAUAGCAGUGUAUUCUUGGCAGCAAGGGCUGCACAGAACUUGUGUUACCAGAGUGAACCCGAUACGUGGAAUGAAGGCAAAAUGCAUUUCAGUCCAUUUAGACUGUGGUUGGAAAUAACAUCUUUGUCUAUGUUUUCUCUUUCAGUAAUAACCAUGUCAGUAAACUCUACUUGUAAGACAGAUGUCUCUUUCUAACUGUAAGCAGAGUCUUGUACUUAUAUACCUCUCUGGUUUCUAUGUUUCUGACAUACUGAAAGUGGUACAGUAAUAACCCCUGUGUUCCAAUGAAGUGAAAUUAACUGAAAAGAUGCGAUGCAGGAUUCCAUGGAAUAGGUUCUCCAGGUUCAAGAUGCAAAUACUUUUACCAACUCAUUAAACAAGCUUGCUGUGCCUAAGUGCAUUUUUCUCUUUGAA